CAUGACAGGACGCGUGACUAUUCCUUUAAAAUAUGCUGUUUGGAGAUUUUCAACGCUUUUAUUUGGAGAUUUUCAACGAGUUUUGUUUCAAAGAAGCUUUUGUUUAAUUAACAGAUUUUUAAAUAGUUAUGAUUAGUGCGCAUAUCAAUUAGUUUUACUUUAUCGUUUUUAUAAGUUUUUACAAAACGGAUAAAAAGGCCUCAAAAAGAUCGCCCACAAACCACUAACAAAACCAUUUAAAGAACAAAAAAAUAAAAUUAUAAAUCUGUUAAUAAAGAAAAAGACAUGGAAGAAAAAGAAGUGGAAAAUAAAGAAAUCAAUAAUAUAGAUAUAGAACUUUUUUAUAAACCAAAAAGCUAUUACGAGGAGAAAGUAAUUGCUUUUCUGAAUAGCAAUAAAAAUGGAUCGACUCGCUCACCUUUUGCACACUGGCAACGCGAAAGAACCUCAAGUUUUGACAGUAUAUGCUCAAGCUCUGGAUCUGAGCGUGUUAAAAAUAAAAGACACUCUUUAUCGUUUUUAGAACAAAUCAGCAAACCGUUUAAAGAAAUUUCUUUAUCUCGAGCACCAAGUUUCGAUAUACUGUUUCAUCCGAAAGAUGAUAUAGCUAAACUAAAAAACGAUCGUGAUCAAAAAAGUCCUUCAAACAACGCCAAAAAUUCACCUAAUAACAGUUUAAAAAAAAUAAAAUGUUUAGAAGAAUUAAAUAAUAAAAAACUCUCAACAACUUUAUUUUUUCAUUAUGACGACGAAGAUCUUAAAAGUUCUGAAUUAUCCGAUAUUGGUUUAAGACAUCAAAGUUUAUUGGAAGCAGAUGGUGAUUCACAAAGUUUAUUUGUUAAACCCUUAUAUAUUGUUAGUAACAAUUUAAAAACUUGAUUUUUGUCUGCAGUAGCUUGUUUAAAUAUUAUAUGUAUAGAUAUAUACUGUUAGAAAGAAUCAUUUUAUUAGAAAUAGCAUGAUUAGCAUGAUGAUCAAUAAUGCUUGGUGUUUUAACUGCAAGGUGUCAGGUUGUAACUUAAUCAAUUAGUUAAGUGCCAUAAAUCAUUAAUUAUAUUUAAAAAGUGCCAUUAAUCAUUAAUUGUAUUUAUUUUUUAUUUUGAUAACUUUUAUUUCCUAAGGUUCAUAAAGAUUUCCAAUUCAAACAAUGUUUUUAUUUUUAUUUUAGAAUAAUUAAUUUUCCGUUUUUUAUCAUUUAGACUUCCUAAUAUAUUCAUAUGCAUUUUUUGAAAUAUUUAAUUUAUUUAAGUUUUUAAUAUAAGUAUUAAAUUAAAAAUAAUAUCACUAAAGGUAAAAAAAAAUAACGCAGAAAACUUAACAAGUAAAAAGGUUAUCAUAAUGUUUUUGUUGUAUUUACUUCAGUAAAAAUUUUUUUUUUUAAUAAAUAUAUAAGAAAAAAUUAUCUAAGACAAUAAAAAGUAAACUUUUAAAAUUACUUGACUUAAUUAAGAUCAGUAAAGAUAGGACUUAAUUAAGGUCAGUAAAGACAGGAAUUAAUUAAGGUCAGUAUAGACAGGACUUAAUUAAGUUAAAUAAAGACAGGACUUAAUUAAGGUCAGUAAAGACAGGACUUAAUCAAGGUCAGUAAAGACAGGAAUUAAUUAAGGUCAGUAUAGACAGGACUUAAUUAAAUUAAAUAAAGACAGGACUUAAUUAAGGUCAGUAAAGACAGGGGUGAUUAUCGAAUAAUGUAUAAGUAGAGGUCAGUUUUUCUUGAUAUGUUAAUAAAGAGGAAGGACUCUAGCCAAAAAGGUAGUUCAAGGGUGCUGAUGCCUCCCCCCUUAAUUAAAGUUAUUAAGUUUUUAAUACGGCUCAAUUCAUCCUUAAAGUUAAGAAAAUCAACCAAAAUUAAGAAAACAAAAAAAAAACGAUGAUGUGUUUUUAUUUGCUUUAUUUUGGUUGAACCUUUAACAAAAAAAUUUAUGUAAAGCUAUUUACGUAAUAUUACUUUUUUUUUUUAGAAAAGUUUGUUACAAACAAACGUUUUUUUUUUUUUUUUUUUUAGUUAUUCAGCUGCUCUCAGAAGUCCUUACAGUCUUUUUACAAAGCACCACCGGAGAACAUUAAUCUAGAAUUUCAAACCUACUUCAAUACCAAUGUUGUUUGUUAGACUAAAAACAAGUGGUUAGAGUUCUGAGCCAGAACUCUAACCACUGCGCCGCAGCUGCUCAAAUGCUAAUUUGUUUUUUUAGUUUAAGUAACUUCAGAAGUCAUAAUCAGAACAUUUCUUCAAUUAAUGUAACUUCUAAAAAUCUAAAACAAAUUAGAAAUCGUUCAAGACUUUUUUUGUUGCUGCUUUUUUACCUUUAAACCUCUUUCAAGUAUUGAGGUUUUGACAGAUUUUGUUCCAAAAAUCAUUGUCUAUUUUUUCUUAUCUUAAAACUUCUAAAAUAUUCACUCUUUCUGCAUUUUAUUUUCAGAUAAUUGAGGAUAAAAUCAAAAAAUUUUACAUUGGAAUUUCAUUCCGCAACAACGUACUGCAAGAGUAUUGAUGUAUGCACAAAGUAAUAACUCGACUUUUGCACAGUAUGAACUUUGACGACAAUAUCUGGGACAUAAUCCUUCUUUGCCACUAAAAAUUUAGCAAUUGGUGACUCGAUUCGAAGAAGCAGGAAAAAUAUUAGACAAACAAGCCUAAAGUAUACCGAAAGAAGCCAGCAACUUUAGACUAAUUAAAACAAAACAUAAUAUAUGCUUUUAACCAAGAAAAACUUUGAAAUUUCUUUAAAA